AUGGCGCCAACCAAAGCUGUCGCACCUGCACCUGCUGCAGCUGCAGAUGGCACCGUCAAGCGCGGCCGCGGCCGUCCCCCCAAAGACCCCUCAGAGCGCAAGCCCAAGCCGGAGCCCAGCGGGCGCCCCAGGGGCCGCCCCAAGGGCAGCGGCGGUGUUAAGAAGGCGACCAAGGUAGUUGGCAGCGGGCUGACGCGGCGCGGCCGCCCUACCAACGCGGCCACGGAAGCCGCCGUCGCCGAUGCGGCGCCCUCGGGUACGCGGAGCCGUGGAGGCCGCAAGUCUGACACUGGCGCCGCCGCCACCACCAAGAAGACUGCCGCCGCCAAGAAGGGCACCAAGCCCGCCAAGGGCGGCCCUAAGCGCUCGUCGCGCGCGGCUGCCGAGGAGGAGCAGGACGAGGACGUCGACAUCGCCGACGCUGACGACGCCAACAUCGACGAUGGCUCCAUCGCCGGCGAGGAGGAUGGGGAGGACGCAAACGCCGACAGAGCUGUAUCGGCUAGUGACGGUGACGGUGACGAGGCUGCUGGAGCAACCGCUACAAGUAGUAGUCUCUGGCCUGGCUUUCUUGGUCAGAUGUGGGGCUCGACGCCCAAGAAGGGAGACCAGCAAUAA